AUGGCCGAAGUUCUUAGCGAGCAAGCAGAGCUCAUGGGCUUGACCACAUCCCCUGGUCAGAAGCGAAAACGUGAAUCCGGUAGCCCUGACUUGUCGAGGAAUAAGCGUCCUGCACCAGCUGCCCACAUGUCUACCGAUGCGGCCUCGUUUAUGGACAGUGCCAUGGAGAGCCAUGCUGUGAGCGCCAAUGGUGUCAACGUUGCCGAUUUCAACGCUCUGCAGCAGGCAACCCAGGAACAUGACCACCCCGAUGCCCCAGACCCUACAAGUGCUACUAGUACUGCUCAGGCUGCUUUGGGAAUGUAUCCUACCCUGCAUGUUCCUCCUUCUACUGAAGAACAGUUUGCUGCCCAGGCGGCGACAGACGACCACGGCCAUGACACAGCUUUCAACCCCGACGUGACGCCCUCGGUCGAUGGCAUUAUGGACCCUCCUCAGGUUGGCCCUCCCCAGCAUCAGCAUACGCCUCCAAAUGGCGUUCCGCAUGUGCCACCACGAUACAAUCCCGCUGCCCCCAACCCCAAGCCUACUGUUGGGUCAGAGGAGUGGCACAAGAUGCGAAAAGACAACCACAAAGAAGUGGAGCGUCGCCGACGUGAAACCAUCAACGAGGGCAUUAACGAACUCGCCAAGAUCGUCCCUGGUUGCGAAAAAAACAAGGGCUCUAUUUUGCAGCGUGCUGUUAGCUUUAUUUCGCAGCUAAAGGAGAACGAACAGCAGAACAUCGAGAAGUGGACGCUUGAGAAGCUGCUGACAGAGCAAGCUAUAACAGAGCUAAGUGCUUCCAACGACAAACUCAAACAGGAAUGUGAGCGUCUCUACCGUGAGCUCGAGAUCUGGAAGCGUGUGGCCCAAAAUGCUGGCCUUGAACCACCACAGCCCAAGGAGGAGAAUAACACUACUACUGCAUCGAGCUAG